AGUCGGACUGCUGGACAGUCGGUGGUACCGGAGGAAUGGCAAGUGUGGGUCCAGCUCCUUCUGCAUCUGCAGAGAAUUCAGGCCCUGGUGGAGCAAGUGGCAGUACCAAUGGAGAGACCAGCAGUCAAGAUAGCACAUUUGAGUGCAACAUAUGCCUGGACACCGCAAAAGAUGCAGUGAUUAGCUUAUGUGGCCACCUUUUUUGUUGGCCAUGUUUGCAUCAGUGGCUGGAAACUCGACCAAACCGUCAGGUGUGCCCAGUCUGCAAAGCUGGAAUCAGCCGUGAGAAAGUCAUACCCCUCUACGGAAGAGGGAGCACUGGGCAGGAGGACCCCAGAGAGAAAACCCCUCCACGUCCUCAAGGGCAGAGACCAGAACCAGAAAACAGGGGUUUCCAGGGCUUCGGAUUUGGUGAUGGGGGGUUCCAGAUGUCAUUUGGUAUUGGAGCAUUCCCUUUUGGAAUAUUUGCCACAGCAUUUAACAUUAAUGAUGGCCGCCCUCCACCAGCAGUUCCUGGGACUCCACAAUACGUGGAUGAGCAGUUUCUCUCUCGUCUCUUCCUUUUCGUUGCCUUGGUUAUUAUGUUCUGGCUGCUAAUUGCAUGAUGCUGGCUCAGUGUGAUAAAGACUAGGUUUCACAGACUGCAUCCCUUCUCUUAAAAAAAAAUACAAAUCGGCCAUCUUUAUACCUUUGUCUUCAAAGUGCACCUUGCUCUGCAGUUUGUAAUGGAUGACAGUUGGCUGCACUACAUAUAAAACUAUAUAUAAGAGAGAAAUAAAUAGUAUUAUUGACUAGGGAUGAGCUUUGUAAGAGCAGGAUUUUCUGGCAUGCAAAAUGACACCAAAAUUGCAGCAGUGUAAAGAAAUAAUGCAACCAUUUCUGUAUGGCCAGGAAACCGUUUGAUACACUUCAAUAUAAUUUCUGUAAUUAAUCAAAUUACACUGGAAAAGCAGAUUAUUCAGCUGACAAGGAGAGCGGAAGCCUGCUUGGAAGUGAAGCACUUUGAAUCAGUGUAUGGAACUGAAAUCAGAAGAUAUACUGUUAUUCAAGAGGAAAAGGGCAAUAUUUGUCAUACAGGUGUAACAGCCGGAUAGAAGUUUGCACAGAAAUACCUGAAAUCACCAGAUAAUGGACACAUGUACAUCUCAGAACUGCACAAAACAGAAAUUCAACAAAAUACUCCUGACCUGCAAGUGAAGCAUAUAGUGUGGACCUGGAGAUAUUUACUGGUACUUUUUGACACCAACCACAGCCUAAUGUAUAGUCACCUCCAGCAAAGUGAAUGCUAUCCAUACUGUAUUCCCUAAGAACUUUUAACCCAGGUUGGGCUAAAAUGAUGUUGAUUCCUCAAUUUUAUGAGAUUUUAAUAUUUAAAUUACAGUUAAUUGAUACUUUUGAAAGAUAAGCAAUGAAGUUGUAAGACUGUAUAUAUGAAUAUAAAGAAUUUGAAAAUACUUUAAAAGGGA